GCCGGAGUUUUCGUAAACAUCCAUAGCAUCACCCCAGAAGAAAAAAAAUGAUGCUCGGGGAGCACCAUCGUGCAAAUCCUACGGUUCACGUGCCACCGUGGCCGAUCCUCGAUGAUCAAACGGCUGAUAUGUACUCUCCUUAUUCCGUAACCGAAGGCAAUGCUGGGGCAGGCGAUUACUCUCCUUACUAUCUACAAGAAGCUCUGUCCGCCUUGCAGCGAUACCUGCCGUCGAAUGAUGCUGCCGGCGACGGUGGUGAUUCCGACGGGGAGGCUCAGGCUGACGCGCCGGUUGACGCGUACUCGUGUGACCAGUUCCGCAUGUACGAGUUCAAAGUGAGGCGAUGCGCGCGCGGGAGGUCGCACGACUGGACGGAGUGUCCGUACGCUCAUCCCGGCGAGAAGGCUCGCCGUCGUGAUCCACGGAAGUUUCACUACUCCGGGACGGCGUGUCCCGAUUUCCGCAAGGGAAACUGUAAGAAAGGCGACUCGUGCGAGUACGCGCACGGCGUCUUCGAGUGCUGGCUUCAUCCAGCGAGGUAUCGUACUCAGCCGUGCAAGGACGGCACGAGCUGCCGCCGGAGGGUGUGCUUCUUCGCGCACACGCCGGAGCAGCUCCGUGUCCUCCCGCAACAGAGUCCGCGAAGCGUGGAUUCGUACGACGGAUCUCCAUUAAGACAAGUCUCGAUGCCGUUCGUGUCGUCACCGACUUCAGUUUCGCCGCCGGUUAGUUCUCCGGUGGAUUCUCCGCCGAUGUCGCCGAUGAUGAGGUCGCUCGGCUCAAGUAACAUGUCUGAUAUGGUUGUUGCUCAACUGAGAAACUUGCAGCUUGGGAAGGUGAAAUCGAUGCCUAAUAGUAACAGGAACGUGACGGUUGGAUCUCGGGGUUUCGGAUCUCCCCGCGGAUCUGUAAUCCGGCCCGGAUUCUGCAGUCUACCAACAACACCAACACAGGCACCGGUUCGGUUCGGGUCGAAUUGUUUCGAGUUGUGGGAGCAGAGUUUCGAGGAGGAGCCAGUUAUGGAGAGGGUGGAGUCUGGAAGGGACAUAAGGGCAAAGAUGUUUGAGAAGCUGAGCAAGGAGAAUUCUCUGGAUAGGUCCGGUUCUGGUUCGGGUCGUCAAUCGGGCGGAGUCCCGGAUCUUGGGUGGGUCUCUGAGCUUGUUAAGUGAGAAAAAGAAAGUGAAAAGCUCAAUGGGCCGUCUGGGUCCGGUUGGGCCUGGCCCAUUAAUUUCAUUUUAUAUCGAGUUGAUCAUUUUGUUUCGUCUCUCUCUCCGAUUUUGCCAAUUUCAUUGUGCAUAGAAUGAUAGAAAGAAAAGUGGGGUGGAAUUGGAGUUAUUUCAAGUUGUGGGGGAGGAACGGGUGAAGAUUUAUUUUGGGGAAGCAAUUAAUCCAAGCAAGAAUGGUGGCUUUAUUUUCUGUAAAUAUUUUAUCGCCGAAGGUAAUGGGGGGUGAAGAGUAGAAUCUCUUUUUUGGGGGGAAGCUUUUUCUUUUGGAAAGAUCAAGGCCGUUAUAAUAUAUGCAUUGAUAUAUGGGGAAGAAAAACUAUCCUAAGGUCUUUGUAUAGUUUUUAUAUUUAGCAGAUUGUUAUUAUGGAUUACUAUUAUUAUUGUUAUUGUUAUUGUUGUCGCAUCUAUUUCCCCCCUUGCAUUUUACUAAUCUCAUUUGAUGUAUGUCUAAUAUGUAGGAACCAAGUUCUAUGGCUCCUGUAAUUCAAAUUAUCAAUGUUAUAUGCAUUAUGCUUAA